AUGACAACCACCAGCAAAGUCAGAAUUUACAAAGCAUGCGUUAGACCUGUAAUGACAUACACGGCGGAAACACGAGCUGACAUGGCCGAAACAAAAACGAUGGCACGCAUAAAUGAGAUGAAAGUACUCAGGUUAAUUACUGGUAAUACGCUUAGAGAUCAGAGGAGAAGCAGUGACAUCAGAGAGGAAUGCCAGACUGAAGACGUGGUGAGGUGGAUGCCAGCGAGAAGGAGAUAUUGGAACGAGCAUGUGUCACGGAUGGGAGAUGACAGACUGGCGAAGGUUGUAAGAAAUGGAAAACCAACAUCAAAGCGACCUCCAGGAAAACCGCCAAAAAGAUGGAAAGACAGUUGGAGCUCCAUAUCGCAGGAACGAGAAGAAGGGGACUGA